GACCAAUCACAAUUCGAAAAUCGUGUGACGCCCGAGUCGGCCUCUCGGCGACAGCGAAGACGCUUGAAACGGCGACGGCCUCGUUUUAAAGUUCCCGCAGGAAGAAGAGGGAAGGGAAGAAAGGUCCACGCUGUACUCAGGGGACUUUAAUUUACACGCUGGGAGGACUAUUAAGAAGCGGAACAUAAGGUGCCAUUCGGGAGCCCCGGUUUUUGACUGCACGAGAACGUCAGAAUAAACAGAAAAUGGCGGAGCCGGACAAACUAAACAUCGACUCCAUCAUUCAGCGUCUUUUGGAAGUCAAAGGUUCCCGUCCCGGUAAAAACGUGCAGCUGACCGAGAGCGAGAUCCGCGGCCUCUGCCUCAAGUCUCGUGAGAUCUUCCUUAGUCAGCCCAUCCUGCUGGAGCUGGAGGCCCCCCUCAAAAUCUGUGGCGACGUCCAUGGCCAGUACUACGACCUGCUGCGGCUCUUUGAGUACGGAGGCUUCCCACCUGAGAGCAACUAUCUGUUUUUGGGAGACUACGUGGACCGAGGGAAGCAGUCGCUAGAGACCAUCUGUCUGCUUCUGGCCUACAAGAUCAAGUACCCAGAGAACUUCUUCCUGCUGCGUGGCAACCACGAGUGCGCGUCCAUCAAUCGAAUCUACGGCUUUUAUGACGAGUGCAAGCGAAGGUAUAACAUUAAACUGUGGAAAACCUUCACAGACUGUUUCAACUGUUUACCAGUGGCUGCUAUUGUUGAUGAGAAGAUCUUCUGCUGCCACGGAGGUCUGUCGCCUGACCUCCAGUCCAUGGAGCAGAUCCGCCGGGUCAUGCGGCCGACAGAUGUGCCCGACCAGGGCCUGCUGUGCGACCUGCUGUGGGCCGACCCGGACAAAGACGUGCUAGGCUGGGGCGAAAAUGACCGCGGCGUCUCCUUCACGUUCGGCGCCGACGUGGUGGCCAAAUUUCUACACAAACAUGACAUGGACCUAAUAUGCAGGGCACAUCAGGUGGUGGAAGACGGCUACGAGUUCUUUGCCAAAAGGCAACUGGUGACUCUCUUCUCUGCUCCCAACUACUGUGGCGAGUUUGACAAUGCCGGCGCCAUGAUGAGCGUGGACGAAACGCUCAUGUGCUCCUUCCAGAUUCUGAAGCCAGCAGAUAAGAAGUUGUAUCCUUAUGGAGGAGGUGCAGGAAUGGGCUCUGGAAGACCAGUCACCCCGCCAAGAAAUUCCGCCAAGGCCGCUAAGGCUAAGAAAUAACACCCACUAGCUCCUCCCCGUCCCCCUUCCCUGCAAAGCCUCGCCCCUUCCCAGUCAACCCACUGCUCUUUUAUUUGGAUUUUAAUUUUGACGUCCUCCUCAUCAUGUCCAGUCUUGUUUAUUUUGUCUGCGUCACACAGACGACUUUCAUUUCAUCUUCUUCCGCCUCGUCCUCGGUUUUUUUCCUGUCACUUUCGAGGUAACCGAGCUGUUCAUCUUUUAGACUCGCUACAUUUUUUAUGCUGUUUUGGUGACGGGAUGAAGGGGGUGUGGCAUGCUAACAUGCUAUAAGGGCACAUAGCACACGCUGGGUGGAUCAGUUGAUUCACUCAAAACUUCCUCUUUAAACAGUUACGAGCCCAUUCAUGCUAUUUUGUACAUAUGUGAAAUCCACAUGUCCCCCGCCCCCCUUCUUUUAGUUCACUGAAGUUAGAAAAUAAAAACAAGCUUUUGUUUGAACGAUGCCGCCCCGCAGACCACUUUGUUUUCAGGGGGCCACAAGGCGAUGCUUGCCAUGUAGCCGAUCCCAAAUAUGUCCUGAUCAGUGACAUUAUUGUAAAAGAGGUGUUGGGCGAGGGCAGCCUCAAGGGUCUUGACGUGAGGAGUUCUAACAGGAAGUUGGUGAAUCAGGGCACCUACCCUUUGAUGUCAAGACCACUUCACUGCAGCCUGUAAAAGAUGCAACAAUUAUACAAGGCAGCGGAUGCUUAGUGGAGGUUGCCAUGACAACUUGAUCAAGUGCUCUAUGCACGAUUGACCUGUUUUUUUUGUUUGUUUUUUUGAGGGGGUGGGAAACAAGAGCCAUAGACAGAAUAGCAACAUUGUAACUUCGAAACAUUCAUCUUGUAACUAAAGUGCAAAACUCAAAUCAUGUGGCUGAAUUCUCAUCCAUGCUUGCCCCGCCCCCUUUCCUAUGCCCCUCCCCUGCCAUGCACGGAGUCAAUAAGGCAAAACAGGGUGUUGUCGCUCCUGGCGGAAACAUAUCUCUCCGCAGUAUUUCAGGGUUUCCUCAAUGCUCAUUUCUCACCGCCGUCUGUCCUUGUCUUCUGCACAGUACAACUUCCCGCGUUCGCUAACGAAAGUUUGAACUCGCAUCAGUAACCAGACACUGCAUACGUGUUCCAUUCACUGAGAUCCACUCAGGAAGCGAAACGUUUAUCAGGGAAAAAAAACUAAACUAAAUGAAAUCAAGACUGUGUACAGAUCCCUGCAAGUCAUGUGACUUUGAAAUAAAUGCUAAAAAGUGCUGAUGGAGAAUGCUUCCAAAGAUGCAGCGAGACAAAUGACUCACUAAGUUGGAGUUGGAAUAAUAAAAAAAACAUUAAUGACUUAUUUUAGUGCUUAAAAACAUCAUGAAAAACGGUCCACUUCCAUCCCCAUUGCUGUACAAACAUCUGCUUCUUUUGUUUUUUACUUCACGUUGACCAUUGCUAAGAGCUCGUUCAUAUUGUUUUUACUGACAAAUUAAUCUUUAUAUAGUAGAUUUUAUUAUUUGUGUUUUUUUUUCUUAUUUAAUGGAUCAGGGAUGUUUUCCACCAUGUCCUGCCACUGGAUAUGUCACAACACCAUCAGAUGAUUCCGAUAUUUAAAAAGAAAAACAUGCGAGACUAACAAAAAUCUUUGUAUUUCUUUAGUUCUCAAUCUAUUGCAAUUUGUCUCUGUUAAAGUAUAGAAAUUAAACUAUACAUAGACUUUG